AUGGCUGCUGCCAACCAGGGCGCGCCCUCCUCCUAUCCCGGCGGUCCCCCUCCUCCAGGCGGUGCUCCAGGAUACCCUGGACAACAACAAUAUCAAGCAUACCCCGGCUCUGGCGGCCCUCCAUCUCAAGUAAGCGCCCCCCUUGACGCGGCUCCUCCCACGGACAACACUGCUUGA